AUGUUCAAGCGUGAUCGAGCGUGCGUCAUCCUGCUCUGCCACGCGCUGCCACUCCGCCAGAUCGACGUGGUGAGGGCGCACCAUCCAGUGUUCAGCUAUGGCAAGCACGGCGAUCAGCCCGAGAUGGUUGAGAGGAUCAAGCCGUUGCUGGAGGUGGUGGGGGCGCACCAUCCAGUGUUCAGCUAUGGCAAGCACGGCGAUCAGCCCGAGAUGGUUGAGAGGAUCAAGCCGUUGCUGGAGGUGGUGGGGGCGCACCAUCCAGUGUUCAGCUAUGGCAAGCACGGCGAUCAGCCCGAGAUGGUUGAGAGGAUCAAACCCUUGCUGGAGUACGGUGUAGAUGUUUACAUCAACGGUCACGAUCACAACAUGCAGCACAUCAAAAAGGAUGAGAGCCCCGUUCACUAUUUCACGGUGGGUGGGGGGUCCAAGGCAUGGCGAGGCGAUGCUCCCCCUGUUGCCCCAGGCCUGCGGUUCUUCUUUCCUGGGCAGGGUUUCAGUUCCUUGGAGGUCUCUCGGAACUCCCUGACCGUUAAGUUUUAUGGCGAGCUGCGUGACUUGCAGCCCACCCUACUGGAUGCUGCCACGUAUGCAGAGGAGGCCUAUCUUGUCACAGACCAAAAGGACAUAGAGAUCCACAACGUGCGGGAUUACGCAGUGAGCAUGCUGGUAUCCGUGGUGGACCGCAUUGGCGCUGCUGCCGAUCGCUUCACCGACGCCGUCUCGCUGCAGGCCAAGGAGAUGGCUGCUGCUGACGUCAGAGUCGCGUCAGCUGCUGAGCGUGUGCGCGCGUGUUGGGAGUAUUCGGGUCGCAACGCACUGAACCGACAGCAGCAGCCCAGGCCAACCAGCCGCAUGCCCAAGAGCUACCAACUGCCAGGUGUGCCAUCUGUCCGUGCAACUCUCGACUUCUUAGCCGGUCCACCACCCUCCUCCUCCUCCCAGAGUACUCAUUUUCUCACGGGCUCAUGCACUCACUUUCCCACUCGCUCUCGCAACACAUGGGCCAUCGAAGCUCGCACGCUCGACAAAGCAAGGAACCCACCACUCCCAAAGGGCACGUCCCCAUCGUUGCCUCCUCCCUGCAAUCCGUGGGUGCUUCAGGCCUUGAUGACGUGGAGGGCAGUGAUAGGAGGUCCACAACGCCACAUCGGCGCGGCCGACAAUUGCUGA